AUGAACCAGCCAGGCCUCUACGAGAUUGCAGGUGUUGAGCCUGAGGGGAAACGCAACUCGGUCACCGACGAGAAGCGGGACUUGGAGGUCGAGUCGGGCUCUAUCUCCCACGACAAGCAUCACGAUGUCAAGCACGUGAUUGCUCACGACAACGACGAGGCCGAGCGCAAGCGUGAAGAGCGCAGAGCCAGGUAUGCCAAGUACCGGCCCUACAUCCUCACUAGUGUAGCCCUCGUCAUCCUCGGCUGGUGGAUAUCCUCGACGGUCUUGGAGGCCACUCGACACCGAUGGAUCGUACAGACAUUUUGGGCAUGGUUCUUUAUCCUCAUUAUUGCGUUCAGGUUCAUCCCGAAUAGCGUCGUUACUCGUCCGGUCGAGGCCGUAUGGCAGCCGCUCAUUUCCGGUCCGUUCUUUGCGAUCUCGUAUCGUGCCCGACUUGCCAUGGGAUGGCUUGCUCUCCUCGGCAUCGUCUUUGGCUCUGCAUUUGGCUUCCCUCUGCCUGAAGGAACGGGAUACGGUGACCGAGCCAUCUCUGUCUUUGGUCUCUUUGUGUUCACAUGCGGAUUCUGGCUGUCCUCUAAGCACCGCUCCCAGGUUCCUUGGCCAACCGUGAUCGUGGGCCUGUUCAUGCAACAAGCCAUCGCACUCUUUGUCCUCAAAACCGAUGCUGGCUUCAAAAUCUUCCUCUGGGUCGCCCAACUUGCCGCCGACUUUUUGGAUCAGGCCGGUCCAGCAGCCGGAUUCUUCUUUGACCCCGAAGUUACAGCCAAACACUGGUUCUUUGUCAACACACUCGGCGCCAUCAUCUUCUUCAUUGCCUUUGUCCAGAUGCUCUACUACCUCGGCGUCAUGCAAUGGCUCAUCAAGCAGUUUGCCUGGUUCUUCUUCAAGACCAUGAACGUUUCGGGUGCCGAAGCCGUUGUCGCCGCCGCCUCGCCCUGGAUCGGACAGGGCGAGAGCGCAUGUCUCGUCCGACCCUUUGUCGACCUCAUGACCGAAUCCGAGAUCCACCUGUCCAUGACUUCCGGGUUCUCCACCAUCGCCGGCUCCGUCUUUGCCGCCUACGUCAACAUGGGUGUCCCCGGCCAAAACCUCGUCACCUCGUCCGUCAUGUCCAUCCCGGCCUCGAUCGCCAUCUCCAAGCUUCGCAUCCCAGAGACCGAGGAGCCGAUCACGAGGGGCCAGGUCAUCAUCGACCAAGGCGCGGAAGACAAGCACGGACGACCGGCCAAUGCGCUCCACGCCUUUUCCAAGGGCGCCCUGUUCGGUCUUAUCGUUGCCGGCCAGAUCCUGUGCAACGUCCUCACCGUGCUCGCUCUCGUCUAUACCAUCGACGGCCUGCUCAUCUGGGUUGGCAAGGGGUUCGGUAUCCACCAUUUGACCCUCGACUUGAUCUUCGGGUACUUGUUCUACCCUAUCACGUUCCUCAUCGGUGUACCCAGGAACGAGCUCCUCAGGGUGGCCAGGCUGUUCGCGACCAAGUUGGUGGCCAACGAGUUUGUCGCCUAUCAAGCGCUCAAAGAACAAGAUGCCCUUAAUCCGUUUUCUCAGCGUGGUUACACCAUCGCGAGCUAUGGACUGUGCGGGUUUGCAAACUUGGGUUCGCUCGGAAUCCAAAUCGGCGUCUUAUCCGCGCUCGCUCCGUCGCGAGGAAAAGUCAUCGCCCGCGUCGCACCGAGCGCCAUGAUCUGCGGGUUCUUGUCCACUUUACAGACCGCGGCGAUCGCUGGUAUGCUCGUAUAG